UGUGUGCUGCAGAUUUGCAGCCUAGAGAAUGGAAGCUGAACCCAAGUUUAUAUCAGGACUUCUGGUGGAGUUUCCUCUCGCACAGGAAAGCUGAGCUUCCUCUAUGGCAAGCAGACCUCCCAAUGGGUACACACCACAGCAAAUCCCGAACGAGAGAGGCAGCUGCACCACUUCAAUAAAAGUGGGGAGAAGGAAUGGAAUAUGAGCACAAAAAAGCAAAAAAGGGAUUUGUGUCUCCAAUCAAACGACUGGUUUUCCCAAAGACUCCACGAAAGCAGGCGGACAGGAGCAGCCUGUACAGAAGGCCCCUGCAUUCUGUCCCUCUCUAUCCUCCUGAUUUCCUCAUCCAUCCUGAGCGGCUCCUUCAUGACUAUGUAGAGAAGGAAGUUAAGUUUCUAGGUCAUUUGACCUGGGUGUCAUGUUCUUUGAACCCCUCUAGCAGAGAUGAGCUUCUGCAGCUUCUUGACACAGCCAGGAAGCUGAAGGAGCUGCCCCUGAAGACGACCCCUGAGCAAGACAGCAUCCUCAGUCUGUCGGCCCGCUGCCUGCUGCUCACCUGGAGAGACAACGAGGAGCUCAUCCUGCGCAUCCCCACCCACGAGAUCGCAGCCGCCUCUUACCUGCGCGAUGACUCGCUGCACCUCCUAGUGCUGAAAACAGGGCUUGGUGUGGACCCUGUGCCAGCAGGGGGCAGUCUGGAGAGGAGGCACCCUAGUGGCAGCCUGGAGAGGAAACAGGGCAUCGAAGGCAGGAGGCAGACUGUCAGCAACAUGGACCGGCGUCCUGCGGGGGGCACUAUGGAACGCAGACACACGAUCUGCAGCGUGGACUGGAAGAUGUCUGGCAGGCAUGAGCAGAAACUGGCCGGGAGCAGCUCGGAGGUGAAAGCCCCAGGGGGGAGCCUGGAGCGGAAGCAGGCUGGGGGCAGCUGGGAGAGAAGGCAAACCCGGAAGUCAGGAGGCAGCUGGGACAGAAGACCAAUGAGCGGGAGCUGGGAAAGACGGAACACAGCCAGUGUGGGGGGCAGCUGGGAAAGGAGACACGCAGGCAAGCCUGGGGGAAGCUGGGAAAGGAAGCAUACUUGUGGAGGUAGCUGGGAACGCAGGCAGGCUUACAGUGGGAGCUGGGAGCGGGGCAAGUCCUAUGGCAGCUGGGAGAGAAGGAAUGCUGGCAUUAACCCUCUGGACCCUCUGAAGCCAACUCCAUGCCCAGAUGCGUACUGUAACUUGGUGAUCUUGGCAGUGGAAAACAGGGAUGCUGCGGAGGAAUACUGUGCACUUAUUUGCCAGGUUUUCCAGAUAAUCUAUGGUGAUCAGACAAUUGAGUGUGUGGAUCGGGCAGGAUACCACUAUACCUCCACUCCAGACAGUUACUGGCUGCAGAGAAGUGACAGCUGCCUCACAGAUAUGACUUACGGUUAUGAGGCGGAUUUCAGCUGCUGCAGCUCCUUUAAUGGCUCUCAGGAGACCUUUGACCCCUACUACAGUGAGAACUACAGUGAGGGCUCUUCUUUCCGGGAGUCGCACCACAGCCUGGCUUCCCUGCACAGUGAGAGUGAGCAAAGCAGCGUAGAGGUGCAGCUGCUUCAGGAGUACAUGAUAACCCUGAGGAGUAAGCUUAGCCCUCCGGAAAUCCAGCAGUUUGCCCUCCUGCUGCGCGAGUACAGAAUGGGAGCCCACAUCGAGGAGUUCUGCUCAGACCUACUCCAACUGUACGGAGACAAAAGGAAGUUCCUUCUUUUAGGAAUGAGGCCAUUCAUCCCAGACAAAGAUGUGGGCGUGUUCGAGAGCUUCCUAGAAAGCAUUGGGAUACGAGAAGGCGGGAUUCUGACGGACAGCUUCGGGCGCAUCAAGCGAAGCAUGAGCAACACGUCCGCAUCCGCUGUGCGCAGCUACGACAGCUGGUCUCUGCGGUCGGGCUCCGAGGACUUCAACAGAAUGAUCACGGACAUCACGCAUGACAUCGAGGCCUUGGGCUUUGAGGAGGACGGGGACAUUGAGGAAGAGGACAAUUACUUGUGAACUCAGGCUUGUAAAAGCAUUAAAGAUGCAAAUACGUCUUUAUGCAUUUGCUACAUUUCAGGUUAGGAAAGGAGAUACCAUACAUAUAUCAAUCAAAUAAUCGAUCAUCCUAUUAAUUUGAACCCAUGGUGUGCCUUUUAACUUACAGUAUGUUGUCACUAUAAAAAAAACAUAAUUUACUUACACAUACAAGAAUUAAAUUAUACACUUUUUCAGCAAAUUUGUAUAACAAUAUAGUAAAACAAUGCAUUUAUAUUUUUAGAAUAGGUUUAAACUGCCGCAUGGAGUUUACAUUUCCUUAGUGAAUUGAUACUACAGUAUUGCUAAGGUUUAAAAUUUGGACAGGUCACACUUUGCAAUUUAAUUUCCUUAAGCCUGUAACUGCUUAUUGGCCUGGAUUGGGAUUUUUAUUUUGUGUUUUUCAUUUAAUCAUUCUGAAAAUCUCACAAUCAAUUGAACGAAUUAUAUGCAUCUACUAUAUGCAUCUACGGUGCAAGUUGUAUUCUCUGUGGACAAAGAAAAAGAAGCAUAAUGCACUUUUCUCUUUAUCAAAAAUCAAUUUAAAAAAACACUUAAAAAAACAUCCAGCAAAAAUGAGUUCCGUCCCAAAUAGUUUAAAACAUUAUGAGUUGCCUGUCCCAUUAAUGUGAACCCAUGGUGUGCCCUUUUACUGACAGUAUGUUGUCACUCAGAUCACUUCUGAAAAUAUCAACAAUACUUGAGUUUUUGCUGCAAGCUGUGCACAAUGUCCAGUAAUUUCGGGCUUAUGUAGGUGGCAGUCUGUAUGCCACUCACAGUAGCUAGAAAGACUGUGUGCCUGCACUAAGGUGGAAAAGUUAUUUUUUUUAUGUUUUAUCUUUUAUAGGUCUAAUUAUAUUUUGUUAUUGCUUUUUUCAAAGAAUAUGUGUUAAUAUAUAUCAGCAAUUGUAUAGAUCUGAAUGGGUUUAUGUGUCAAUAAUUAAAAUGGAGCAGCAACACAAAAUUAGGAAACAAGAUAAAAUUGCUGAAAUGUUGAAAAUGGCAGCAUGGUCAUGUGAAUCUGUAAUGUAAUCUGAAAGAGUUAUAGAAAGUGUAAUAUAUACAGACAUAUGCAUUAAUCUCCUCCAACUCAUAAAACACUCCACCUCAAUAACUAUCCUGUUUUACUAAUUUAAUAAAUGCAAUAAAUGGUAUAAAAAUUAUCAGAAUAUUUGUAUUAAACCACUUUUCCAGUAGAUGGCUACCUAGCCAUAAUUUGCUGCGAUUGAUUGAUACUCAAUAAUAAUUACUGCCAUAUAAGUUAUUGUUGAUGUAGCCAGAAAGCUGACUUCAUAGAAGCUCCAUAUGAUGCUAUAAUAUUCUAAAUUCCUUAUACUGCCAUAAUUUUUGGACAAAAAUAGAUAUAACCCUGUUCAUGACCCUAACACAUAAUAAUGUUGUCUAUUGUGUAUUAUACAUACUGUAGGCUCUGUGAAGUUGUUUUGAGGGUUACUUAAGACUGCAUUCAAAUAAAGAAUGAAUGCACUGUAUUAUUUUAGGAGCAAUAUUUUUUAAACUAAAUUAAACUGCACUUAAACAACAAUUAAU